AUGGCUUCCAAUUAUAAUUAUAAUUACAUCUUAAAUCAAAACCAAAUUCAUAAUCUCAAUCAAUCAACAUUUAUCUCGGAUUCGAUCUCUCUUCCAACUUCUCUAUCAAAUACAAUCUCUUUAUCAAACACAAUAAACACAAUCUCCCCCAACCACUCUUCCUCAACAAUUCAACAUGAUCUUUCUAUUGACGAAGAAGACUUGAAAUCAAAAAUACUAAUCAUCCUACUUUUAAAUUAUCGUAUAAAUCCCUUUUUCAAAAACCCUGUCUCAACUCUCGGUAAACAAUCAAACAAUUCCUCGUUUUCUUCCACUAAUUCUCCUAUAUCGCCUUCUCCUGCUUCUUCUAACUACAGUCAUUUCAGCAAAACCAUUAAUCAUUCUAAUAACGUCCCUUCCCACACUUCCCACUCUUAUAGUGCUCCUACAAUAACUCCCAUUAUUUCUCACUCUUCUUCAAACUUUCAGACUCAUCGUGCUGCAACUUCUUCUUCAAUUCCUUCAGUUCUGUCUUCUACCCCAACUUCUGAAAAACCAAGGAGAUUUCUGAAUAUUUUCUUUAAAUCAAAUAAAAAAUCUUCCUUCUCUUCCUCCUUUUCUUCCUCAUUUCAUUCUUCACCAAUAUCCUCUCCUUCUACACAGGUUUCUACUCAAUCUUCUAUACAAUCUCCAACUUAUUCUUUGCCUGAAAAUUUCCCUGAAAUUUUAAAAUUAAACCUAUCUCUAAAAAUCAAUGAUUUAAAAUCAAAUAAUGACAAGAUUACGCCCAAGCAUUUUCAAGACAAUAAAAUAAUUCUAAAUUCAAAUAAACUAUCUUCUUUUGAAAAAUAUCUAAACAAUUUACAAACAAAACCUUUCCUGAAACAAACCAACACUUUGAACUUUUAUAUAAUCAAUUUUUGUAAAUAUUUACCAAAUACAAAAGAAUCUGCUAAUGCUUUAAAAAUAUACAAUAACGAAUUUCAAUGUUUCAUUGACUUGUUAAUUGACUCUCUCUUGGCUAUCGAUAACCAAAUCACUUCAAACCACUUUAUCGAGGACUUGAAAAACGAAAGUGAAAAGUCUUUUGAUCUGAAAUCUUCUGAUAAUACCUCUUUUGAUUUAAACAAAAAUAAACUAGAGUAUGGCUCCUAUAACAUGUCUUUAAACCAUUUAUCUCUAAAAUAUAUAAAACCCUUUUUUAAUCCAGAUAUCAAAAUUAGUCAUCUAGCUAAUGAUUUGAAAAAAUUUGAACUUUUUUGCAAUUUGUUUCAAAUUAAUCAAAUUAAUCAAAUUAAUUUUAAUUCUUUAAUUAAAUCCUACGAAAACUCUUCAAUAGAAUUAAACUACAGAAAUCAUUUUAUUAAUCCCUCCUUUUUCAAUGAAAUCUUUAUUUAUGAAGAAGAUGAUUUUCCCAAUCACACAAUCUAUUCAUCCUAUUUUAAACAGGAAAUUAAUUCAUUAAACGAAAUUAUAAACUCUUUUAAUCCAAUUUUAAAUGUCCCAAAUGACCAAUUAUAUAACACAAAAAUUCAAUAUAAUUGCAUUCCUGAUACAAGCACUAAAAUUCAGUUGUACUUUGUUGAAGUGGUUGAAAGAUGUCUUAUUUAUACUUCAAAUAUAAAUAGAAACGUUAAAAAUAACAACAUUAAUAACAAUUUCAGUAAUAAUUUUAAUAGUAAUUUUAAUAGUAAUUUCAACAACAAUUUCAAUAAUACCUUUAUAAGCAAUAAUAAUAAUAAUAAUAAUAAUAAUAAUAAUAAUAAUAAUAAUAAUAAUAAUAAUAAUAAUAAUGAUAAUAAUAAUUCAAAUAUCGAUUUAAAUAAUGAUAUACUAUCAGAAGAUUGUAUCCAAUUUAUCUAUUUACUUGCAAAGUAUUGGAGAAUUAAUUAUUCUUUAGCUUAUUCCCUAAUCUAUAAAGCUUGUAACAAAACUAUAUUAAAUUUUAAUUUUCAAAAUUCAUCCGAUUUAAGUUUAUAUCUUUCAAGAUUAUUAAAUUUAUUUUCAAUUUGUGAAAAUAAAUUAUCCAAAUUGUUUUUCAAUUUCAAUAAUAAUAAGCCAGAUGACACCUAUUUUUUUUAUAAAUUUGAUAAUUGGCCUAACUACGAUAAAAUAUAUUUAAUAAAUAAUUUUGAAAAAACAUUUUUAAAAAUUAUUGAUUUUAUAAAGGAAACAUUUAAUAAUAACAAUUUAUAUCAAGAAUACAAAAGCCGAAUCGAUUUUAAAGAUAUUUUGUGCAAUGAGGUUAAGAAUUAUAAAUACAUAAGUUUGAUUGAAGGAAAGGAGUUUUUCAAAACGUUUUUUAAAGAAAAAAACCUUUUUGUAUAUUUCAAAGAAAUUGAGAGUUUAGUUGAUGAAAUUAGUAUAAGAAAUUAUGAGAGUAUUUUAAACGAAUUUUUGGAAAACUCUAAUCGCUCAUUUAAAGAAAUAAAUCAAUUGACAACAGAUUUAAUAACGAUGAUAAAUAAUUUCCAACAGUAUUCAGUAUACAUUAUUGAAAAUUAUUAUGGAAUACAUUCCAAGUUUUCAAAGUUAAUACGAUUUUUACCUGAGAGAACUGGGUAUAUAUAUAUGAUUAAAUUUUCAAAAUCAUCUGAGAUUUUUUUACAAGAACUUUUAGAAAGAUUUGAUGAGUUAGAAAAUGAAGAAAAUUUUAAAGGAUUGAAAGAAUUCAGUAAUAGUUAUAGUAAUUUAGAUAUAAUUGAUAGUUAUUUAAAAUUGGUUCAAGUUAAAUUUAUUUACGACCAAAUUAUUAACAAGAGGAAUGAUUUACCGUUUCCCUAUUCAAUCGAGAAUUUUUAUUUUAAAGAGUUUUUGAAAAUUAAAAUUUUUAAAUUAAAUAACGAUAUUAGGAAGGAAUUUAAAAAAGAUAUUGAAUUGGAAGAUGGAAGUGCUCCUAGAAACAAAGUAUAUGGAAUAACAUCAUCAGCAAUUAAACUUAUAGAAAUAGUUAAUGAAAAAUUAUUGAAAUUGAAAGAAAUAUUAGUAAAUGGGGAGAAAAAAGAAAGAGAAAAGGGAAAAGAAGGAUUGGGAAAUGAGAGCAAAUAUAUUAUAUCAUUGAUAUACACUGAUGAGUUUCGGAUUAUUUAUGAGGGAUUCAAGUAUUUAUGCGAGUUGAUGUUUGAAUUGAUUAUUAAACAAGUUAAUAAUAUUAAUGGAAUCACGAAUACAAAUUUAAACAUGAGUAUUAAUGGGAAUGGGAAUGAAAGUAUUAAGGAUUCAGUUGAAAACUGCUCGAUGAUAUAUGAUAAAAUAAUUAAAAACAAUAGAAAGAAUACGAUUAAUAAGAAUGAAGCGAUAUAUCAGACUAUUGUGAACUGUUUAUCUAAUUAUCGGUUUAUAAUGAACUCUAUUGGAUAUAUUGAAAGUCUGAUUGAAAUUCGAAACAUUUCCACUAUUAUCAAAAUCAAUGAUAAAACUAUCAGUCACAGAAUCGAGGGAUAUUAUAUUAGAGUAUUUGUUAAUGAUUUGAAUAAGAAAAAUAUUGAUGAAGAUAAUAAUAAUAGUGGCGGUAAUAGUGGAUAUGAAGAUAUAAGUUUAAAAGUUAAAUUGAACAACAUUAUUAAAAAUAUCAAAAUAAACGAAGAUAACCCAAGCUGUGAAUUCUAUUUGGAUAACCGGGAUAAUAAAUUAAUUAAACUAUUGUUUAAUAUUGAAAACAUCGAUUAUAAUACGGAGAAAAUAAUUGAUCUUAACAAAGCUAAUUCGAUUUUAGAGCAUUCGUUUAAACAGGAAUUGACAUCCAUUGAGCAAGUGAUAGAAAAUAGCAAUGGGAAUAAUAUAAGUGUUAAUUACAGUAGUGAUUAUAAUUUUAAUAAUUUGGUUAGCCAGAUUAUUGUUAAUCAGGAGCUUAAUAAUGAACAAGACAAUUUGAAUCUUGAAAUCAAGAUUCAAGUUGAAGUUAAGAUUAAUGAAAUAAUUUACAACUGCAUUACAAUCAAAAGGUUUAUUCAGGAUUUGCACAGCAAGAUCACCAAGGUUUUCGACAUGAGCUCAGAACAAGUGGCCAGUUUGAACACGAUUAAUGCUGUGAACAAUGUGAUGAGUGGAGGUAUCAGCAACAGUGACCUCACACCCAGCACAACGCUAAGCAGCCAUUUCAUCAACCGGGGGAACAGUGCUAACAGCGCAGACAGCUCGUUCAGCUCUUUUAGUGGAAGCAGUAUCAAAAGUGGAAACACCACCAAUGGAAACACAAGCAGUGGUAGAACCGUCGUCAACAGCAGAUACAACAGCAUAUCCAGCAACUCUUCUGGCGGACGCAGAAGGCCUCCUCCCAUGUGA